AUGACAAGAAAUGAGACUGGCGACGGCAGCCGCGAGGCGCACGCGUACUUGGGCUCACUCGAGCCAGUGGACCUCCGUCACCGGUGUUUCUACCCGGAUAACAAAGUGCUGAUUCUACCGCUGAUUUAUCUGCCCGAUAUCGUGUUGUUCCCAGGCGACGAUCUGCCGCUUCGCAUGCUCUCGGACUCGACGCUCGGCGGCAUUCAGCACCUGCUCACAAGCGAAGACGCGCUAUUGGCUGUGCUGCCGCUGCACCAGACUCGUCCGCACUAUGGCGUGACGGUGCAAGUCGAGCGGUUUCGCGUCGAAGACGACAGUGCACGAAUGACUGGCGCGGCGCGGCAGCGUGUGCGUCUUCGGAAGAGGCUGCAAGUGGACCAAAGGGCCGGCGUUUGCUACGGGGAAGUCGAGAUCUUGCCGCAAGACCGAGCGCUGUCGAUGCCGUUUGAUCGCUUGUGCUGGCAGCGACAAGCAGACGACAAGAAAGACACGCGCACGACGCGAAUACGGAGUCUGGAGCGACUGCGUGGCCGGCAGUUUCCAGCGUACUAUGGCCGCGCGACCUACGCGCUGUACGACGCGCGAGUGCUCGUGCACCAGAUCCAGCACAUGCUGCUGACGAACAUGCACGGCGAGUGGUUUCGCAAGCCACGCAGAAUGGACGAAGCAGCUGAGCAAGAGAGCAAUGACGACCGUGGAGAGCACACGUCGUUGGUGCAGUACUUGUCGCUGCCGAGCGACCGACAAGACCCGAACCUGUUUGCGUUCUGGGUCGCUCGCAACUUACCGCUGGACACGGCCCAGCGACUGGAACUCUUGAUGAUGGACUCGACGGUGCGGUUGCUUCGUCGAGAGAUCGAGCUACUGGAGCAAGUUCGAGAAGACAUUUUCUGCUUCUACUGUGGCUCGUUCCUGGCCAACACGCGCGAUAUUUUCAGCAUGACCGCGCGCGGGGCAGCAGGUGGCACGUUUGUCAAUCCUGGCGGCCACGUGUUCCAAGUCUUGACACUGCGCGAGGUGGACCGCGCACAUGUAAUUGUCGACAUGGCCCGUCGCGCCGAAGACACGUGGUUUGUAGGCUAUGCCUGGAGCAUCGCGCAUUGCAGCUCUUGCUACCAACAUCUCGGGUGGCGGUUUGACCGCGUGGAUGCGACGCGCUCGCCUACUACUUUUUUCGGUUUCCGACGGACAGCGCUCACUCGGUCCCGAGGCUCGCGACACGUCGAUCCGCGAUCGCUGCACUUGGACGGGUACGAUACAGACGACUUUGACACGUCCGUGGCGUCGAGCGAAGGCAGCAGCUCAAUAACUGCCAUGAGCGAAGAAAUGUCGUUGCUGUAA